AAUUUCGUGAAAUAAAAGACAGUCGUCAGAGCACAACCUACCUCCUUCCUGCAGGGCUCUCUCGCAUGGCGUGUAAUUACUCGGCGCCAUAAGAGUAUAGUUUUCAUUGAACCUGCGCCGCUCGCUCGUGCCAUUUUCCUCGGAUCCGAGUGAAAACGCCGCUGCAGCUGUUAACCGGAUGAUCCAGGUUAAUUGGCGCGCGCGCGUUCCGAAGAGUUGAAGAAGAAGAAAAAAGAAGAAAAUUGGUCCCGCUUAUCUGCAUGGCGUCUUUGUUUUCUCUCGGUCUCGCUCUCUCUCUCUCUUCCUUCCUCGAGCUGCUGCUGCUGCUGCUGCUGCUGCUGCAUGGCCCGUGUUUUCGGGGCCCCGGUGGUAUACGUGAGCGGGGCGCGCGGGGUCAGGGGAGAGGAGAUCGCGCGUGUGGUCCUCCGUCGGGCCCUCGUAUCCUAGCAACGCGCGCGCGACGCCGACAGUGCUGUAUCCACGGGUAGCCCCGAGAAGAAGAAUCCGUGGGCCCGUCGGGCUCGAGGGUGUACUGAACCGGGCUCGCGAGAGGAGCCGGCACUGUCGGAGCGGCGCUGCUGCCGCCGCGAACUAUAGGCAGUGUACAGUGCGCGGUGGUGGGGGAAGAGCAGCAGCACCGCGGCGGCCCGCGGCACUGGUGGACUCGCGAGCCGCCGAGGCAUUCUGGCAUUCUCUCAUCACUCAGUGCAGAGCCGAACUGCAAGCAGUGCGCAACGCGCGCACCGGAGCGUUCAUCUUACUUCUUCUUCUCUUCUCUUCUCCUGGUGAAGGGAGCAGAGGACAACACUCUAUACUCUGGGAUUUAUCCGUCACGUGCGUGCGCGUAUGUAAUUCACAACAGCGUACGAGCAGUAUUUAGUACAUCGCAGAGGGAGAGCGAGAGAAGGUUAUAAUUCUCUGCAGCUUGAGUGCGUGUGUGCGGUUGUAUGGUAUAUUGUAUACCUGGUAUACUGGUGGCGGCAGUGACAAGUCCGCUUGGUUAAAAGUCCCCGCCGGGCCAAUGCACGAGGAAUCAUGGUCGCUGCGUCCGGCCCUACAGGGAUCCUAGCGGGACGCCCCUCCGCCUCUCCGACCACCGAGUGCCUGGAGGUGAACGUUGCCAGCACCAGCAGCAGCAACAAGAAGCAUCAGCAGAAGCAGGAAACUAGGACUAAGAAGAACGGAAAUGGCCCGAAGCACAGGCACGAGACCGACCUGUACAUCAGGCCCAGCUGGACCGACGCCGCGCUCGCUCUCGAUCAGAUCGAGAAGGGCAAGGCCGAUGGACAGAAGUGGGCGGUGUGGGUCAGAGCGCGCCUGCAGGACCAGCUGUGCCAAUUAGGCUACUUCCUCUACAGGAACGCGGGCAAGGUCCUCUUCGUGGCGAUCUGCGUGCUGGCGGCCAUCAGCUUGGGCUUGAGGGCCGUGCAAUUCCACACCAAGGUCGACCAACUAUGGAUUCAGGAGGGCGGCAGACUCGAGAACGAGCUCAGGUACAUCGCAGACACGGUUGGAGAGACCCCGGCCUCGACGCACCAGCUCGUCAUCCAGGCGCCCAAGCAUCACGGGGCCAAUAUCCUCCACACGGCCGCGCUCAAGGAACAUCUCGCGGUGCUCAGGAAUGCCACUCAGGUCACCGUCAGUCUCUUCGACACCUCCUGGACGCUCAAAGACCUGUGCUACAAGCCCAGCAUACCGAUGUUCGAGAAUAGCAUGACCGAGAAGAUUUUCGAUAACAUCAUUCCCUGCGCCAUCAUCACACCCCUCGAUUGCUUCUGGGAAGGCAGCAAAAUGCUCGGGGCCCAUGUUGCCUAUGUACCGAGCCACAUAUGGAACGAGCCGCUCAAGUGGACGAGCCUGAACCCCACGCUCAUGCUCGAGGAGAUGAAGAAGCGCUUCGCCCAGUACAGUUUCUCCUACAAGAUCCUCGAGGACUACAUGAAGCGAGCGGGUAUCACUAACGGCUACCUGGACAAGCCCUGUCUGGAUCCUCGGGAUCCCGAGUGCCCGGAAAGCGCGCCCAACAAGCACAGUCUGCAGGUGCCGGACAUCGGAGCCGAGCUGACGGGCGGAUGCUACGGCUUCGCCGCCAAGUUCAUGCACUGGCCCGAGGAGUUGCUCGUCGGUGGCGCCAAGCAUAAUAAGACCGGUCAGCUGACCCGUGCUGCCGCCCUCCAGACCGUCAUCCAGAUCAUGGGUGAACGCGAGUUCUACGACUACUAUGCCAGGGUCGAUACCGACAAGGUCAAGUACACUGACUGGACCCAGGAGAAGGCCACGCAGGUCCUCGAGACCUGGCAGCGGGAAUUCACCAAGCAGGUCAAGCUGCAGCAAAAUACUACCGACUCCCGGCCGUACAAUCUCUUUGCCUUCAGUACUACCAGUAUGAACGACAUCCUCGGAAAGUACAGCGAGCUGUCCUUCGUCAGGAUUAUCGUUGGCUCUGGCCUCAUGUUCCUCUACGCAGGAGUGGUGCUGAUCCGCUGGAAUGACCGAGUCAAGUCCCAGUCGGGUAUCGGCAUUGCUGGUGUCAUGUUGGUUAUCGCGUCGCUUGCAGCUGGACUGGGCUUUUGCGCCCUUCUCGGCAUUCCCUUCAAUGCCACCAGCACUCAAAUCGUGCCAUUCCUGAUCCUUGGUCUCGGAAUCCACGACAUGUUCCUGCUGACGCACACCUACGCCGAGCUCUCGGUCUAUGAUUUGCCGAGAAACCAACAGACCGGCGUCGUCCUCAAGCGCGCCGGACUUUCAAUUCUUUUGACGGGGCUCUGCAACGUCGUUUCCUUCUUUGCUGCAGCCAUCAUCCCGAUACCGGCGCUGCGCGUCUUUUCCCUGCAAGCAGCUGUCCUGUUACUCUUUAACCUGGGUGCCAUGCUGCUCAUUUUCCCGGCAAUGAUUAGUCUCGAUCUGCGCCGUCGACGAGCCGGAUUGUACGACAUUAUGUGCUGUGUGCGAGCCAAUGACUCUGAGUCCCAAGAGGCCUGCACCCAGGUGCAUUCCAGAUGCAAACUAGCAUCAAUCAACAAUAACGAGAGCUUUGCUGGAGAAGAAGAGACCCUCACUGGGUUUAGUUCUAACGACUGCUACAGCUUCUCGCCAACCCAACUUGUGGCCAAGCAUUACGCCAAGUUCGUAACGCGACCAUUCACUAAAGUGAUCGGCGUCAUGCUGCUCGCUGCUCUGCUUACUGCCAGCACCUGGCAGGCCUUGCGUCUCGAUGACGGACUCGACCUCGCGGACCUCGUGCCUCUGAGAUCAGAUGAGCACGCCUUCCUCUCUGCGCAGACUAAACACUUUGGCUUCUACAACAUGUUCGCCAUAACGGGCCGAGACUUUGAGUAUCCCAACAAUCAAAAGCUACUUCUCGAUUAUCACGAAUCAUUCAUGCGCAUUAAGAACGUGAUCAAGAAUGACGAUGGAGGUCUUCCGGAAUUCUGGCUUACCAUUUUCCGCGACUGGUUGCGAAAUCUUCAAGAAUCUUUCGACCGCGACUACAAGAACAACUGUCUCAAUGCUGAGGGCUGGUUCAGGAAUGCUAGCGACGAAGGCAUAUUAGCUUACAAGCUACUUGCGCAAACUGGACACGUAGACAACCCAAUUGACAAGUCCCUUAUCACGCAGGUUCGCCUAGUCAAUUCGGAAGGUAUUAUCAAUCCCAGAGCGUUCUACAAUUAUUUGAGCGCUUGGGCCACGAACGACGCUUUUGCGUAUGGUGCCUCUCAAGCCAACCUUCGUCCCCAGCCCCGACAGUGGUUCUAUGGCGAUGACGAAGAACUGAAAAUUCCCAAGAGCAUGCCAAUCACCUACGCCCAGAUGCCGUUCUACUUGCACAAGCUCACCGAAACCGCUGAUAUCACUGAACUUAUUACCAGUGUGCGCCAGCUCUGCCGUAAAUUCGAAGAGAAAGGUUUGCCCAACUUUCCCUCCGGGAUACCCUUCAUCUUCUGGGAACAGUAUAUGGAUCUGAGAAGCUGUCUGGGUAUCGCCCUCCUGGUUGCACUCAUUGCCAGUAUAAUCGUUGUGGGUAUACUCUUGCUGAAUGCCUGGGCAGCGAUUCUCGUCGGCGCUGUGCUAGCUGGAGUCGUGCUUCAGUUAUUGGGGAUCAUGGGCCUCUGCGGUAUCAAGCUAAGCGCGGUACCUGCCGUGCUCUUGGUCGUCAGCGUCGGUAUCUCUGUACACUUUACUGUCCACAUAUGCUUGAGCUUCGUAACGUGCGUAGGCAGUCGGGACCGAAGAGUCCGUCUCGCAUUGGAACACAUGUACGCGCCAGUCGUUCACGGUGCUCUUACCACCCUCCUGGCCGUUCUCAUGUUAGCCUUCUCAGAGUUUGAGUUCAUCGUCCGUUACUUCUUUUUGGUGUUGGUUUGCCUGAUUGGAGUAGGACUUGUCAACGGCCUGUUCUUUUUCCCGAUCCUUCUUUCCCUCAUAGGCCCGUCGGCCGAAGUCAUACCGAACGAACAUCCCGACCGUAUAUCAACCCCAACGCCACCAUCUUCGCCCAUUGUACGACGGUCAUCGUCCAAGCCACCCGCACCGCCUAGAAGACCACACAAGAUUGAGAACGCAAGACUGCAUGCCGAGCCGUCCCUCACGACCAUUACGGAAGAGCCGAACUCGUGGCACAGCCAGCAGGAGUCCUGCAUCAUUGUGCAGCCCGAAGUCAAGGUCGAGACCUCAACGUGUGGCAACCAGAACUGCAGUGGAUCAGACACAAGUUGCUCUAGUCGGACGUCUCCAGUUCCACCACCGUCACACAUCACUACUAAAGUCACUGCCACUCUCACCGCCAAGGUCGAGGUUCACACGCCACUAACCAUUGUAGGUGGAGUCGAGCGCAGUAAGAAAUGCCGACACAGUAGCUCCAGCAGCAGGCGAAGCUCGCGUUGCAGUACUUCGGUUAAUACGACCGAGUCUUCCGGUUCGAGUUCUGAACCGGAUUCUGAUACGAACACGAACAGCAAACGCAAGUAAAAGGAAGAUUGCGCAGCAAAACGACCGGCAGCUGCUACUUACAUAUCGCGCAAAGCGGGAACACCCAGAAGGCUGACUAGGUUAUAGUUAAAAAAAAAAACAUUUUAAUGCUUUCUCGAGUAACUUGCGCGUACUUUUACCAACGCAUCUUACUUGAACGAUACAAACGUUCUUACUUUAGCUGAGAACUUACGACUGAAAUAAUAUAACGGAAAUUCGAGUUUUUUAAUUGCAUCAUAUAUUAAUUAUUAUUAUAGUUUAUAAUAUGUUACCUGUACUUACUGUUGGCAUUUAAAAAUUUCUCUUACGACGGGAGAGAAUAAUCGAUAAGCCGGUUGCAAUAUUAAAUUAUGUUACGAGAAAAACUCGAGUUUUCUCCUUCUCUCUAUUUUUUUCUUUUUUUUUUUAUAACAAAUUUUAUACACGAACGAAAAUGUCUAGUUGAUCGACAAAAAGUAUUACGUGACUAGGAAUAAAUUUGUCAAUUCAAGAUGGUUAAAUGAUUUCGUGUUCGAUAGUCAUCUUGGAUAGCUAGAAAAAUAGCCGGCCAAAUCCAAGUUCCUGAAUUUUUUAAAUCGUGCAUGGUCCAUAAAGUGGCCAAUGUUUGAACGCAUUUGACAUUGAGGUUGUCUCAAUUUUUGUACAUAGUUUUUUUAUCGCGAAUCGCGAAGGAGUGGUGCGAAACUAGUUCAAUUUGUUACCAAUGGCAGUGUGAGAUUUACUUGAAACUCCCAGCUUAACAUCUAUGGUAGAUUCCAAAUAAAAAAGAUCGAUCGAUUUUUUAAAAGCGAAGAAUCGUCAAGUUCGAGCACCAUAUUUAUUUUUUGCCAACAAUAAUCAAUGUGCAGUGUGUGAGUGAAUGAUUCCAGAGAUACGAAUCUUGAUCUAUUUAUUAUUUAUUUUAGUUCUUUAUAUAACUAUUUUGAAUUGUGAGGAAAGUUUUAAUUGUGCUACACUGUCGGAUGCUUGAAUUGCGUUUCUCACAAUUCAGGAUGCCGUUCUCUAAAUACCACGAGUAUUUAAAAAAAAAUCAUCAUCCUGUAAAAUCUCAGUUUUGCGCUUGGGGCGACUUAUUGUAAAAAGUUUGAAUUAUUUAUGUUGUACCCAUAAAAAUAUCUUAGAGUAAUGUUGAUGGAUUAUUUAACAAAAUGAAUAUCGGAUCAGGUGUGGCCAACCGCGCAUUUAGGCACACCUGAGAAUGUAUAAAUAUGUAAUGUAAUAUAUUCACCUAUAUAGAUAGAUAUAUAAUACGCAUAGUACGAUGUAAAAUGUGCAUUUUUGUAUGACAAACAAAUUACUCGUUUCUAUUUUAACAAACUCGAUUAAAAAAAAUUGUAAAUCGGAUAAGAAAAGUUGAUGUAAUGUCAAGUCAUUUUUGUAUACAAUCCUUAGUAUGUAAGUGCGAUAUUUAACGAGAAGAAAGUCCUAUACGAUAAGACUAAUCAUAGAAUCGCUAUGAUAAUGUAUAUGAAGAAAGCGUUGCGUCGAAAUAAUAAAAUUAGGGGAAAAUAGUCAAUUAUUCCUCAGCCAAGUGCACUCCGCCUAAAUUAAGACUAAAAACUAUAAAUGAAAUUCUAUAUGCGCCAAACGUACGGAUCAACUUUUAUUCCUAACGCUUAUGGCCGUAUUUCUCUUUUGUACAUAAAUAAAAUGACGUUGUAAUAAAUGUAACGUACAAUUUAUAUUAAAACAAAAAA